ACGGUCCUGGCCGGCGGCCGCCCAGCCCCCGCUUCCUUUCACGCUAUCGGUGGCCGUAGGUGGUCGUGGCCACCGCACCCGGCGGGAGGUGGCGGCGGCCAGUAAUGCCCGGGAAACUCCUCUGGGGAGACAUCAUGGAGCUCGAGGCACCCUUGGAAGAGUCCGAGAGCCAGAGGAAGGAGCGGCAAAAGAAUGAUAGAAGGAAGUCAAGGCACCAUUCUGAAUCAGAGGAGAGAACAGAAACAAGAGAAAAUGGUGUUACAGAUGACCUGGAUGCUCCCAAGCCCAAAAAAGCUAAAACGAGAGAGAAGCUAAAUGGAGACACCAAAGAAGGACUUAGAUUUUCAGAUGAAUUUUCCCCAUCUCAUAAGUCAAGAAGAAAAGACCUGCCAAAUGGAGAUGUGGAUGAGUAUGAGAAAAGGUCUAAACGAGUGUCAUCCUCAGAAAACUCUCACAAGUCAAGUGAUAAAGCAGAUGAGACUCUAACACGUGAGCAAAAGGAAGGAGCCUUCUCUAAUUUCUCCAUUUCUGAGGAGACCAUAAAGCUUCUGAAAGGUCGAGGGGUAACAUAUCUCUUUCCUAUUCAAGUUAAAACCUUUGGCCCUGUCUAUGAAGGAAAAGACUUAAUUGCUCAAGCCCGGACAGGAACAGGAAAGACAUUCUCUUUUGCCAUACCCUUGAUUGAAAGGCUCCAAAGAAAUCAAGAAACAAUUAAAAAAAGCCGCUCACCAAAGGUACUCGUUUUGGCUCCAACAAGGGAAUUGGCAAAUCAAGUAGCCAAAGAUUUCAAAGAUAUAACUAGAAAACUCAAUGUGGCGUGUUUUUAUGGUGGAACAUCAUAUCAAAGCCAGAUUAAUCAAAUUCGGAAUGGUAUUGACAUCCUUGUUGGGACCCCAGGACGUAUCAAAGACCAUCUGCAAAGCGGCCGUUUGGAUCUUUCAAAGCUUCGCCAUGUUGUACUUGAUGAAGUAGAUCAAAUGUUAGAUUUAGGUUUUGCUGAACAAGUUGAAGAUAUUAUUCAUGAAUCCUAUAAAUCUGAUUCAGAAGACAAUCCUCAGACCUUACUUUUUUCUGCAACUUGCCCACAGUGGGUAUACAAAGUUGCAAAAAAAUACAUGAAAUCCAGAUAUGAACAGGUUGACCUUGUUGGAAAAAUGACUCAAAAAGCUGCAACCACUGUGGAACAUUUGGCUAUCCAGUGCCACUGGUCCCAGAGACCAGCAGUUAUUGGAGAUGUCCUUCAGGUCUACAGUGGAUCUGAAGGGAGAGCUAUUAUCUUCUGUGAGACUAAGAAGAAUGUUACUGAAAUGGCCAUGAAUCCACACAUAAAGCAGAACGCACAGUGUUUGCAUGGAGAUAUUGCACAGUCACAAAGAGAAAUUACCUUGAAAGGCUUCAGAGAAGGUAGUUUUAAAGUUUUGGUGGCAACCAAUGUGGCUGCUCGUGGCUUGGACAUUCCUGAAGUUGAUCUUGUGAUUCAGAGUUCUCCUCCACAGGAUGUUGAAUCCUAUAUCCAUCGCUCUGGACGCACAGGUAGAGCUGGCCGGACAGGAAUUUGUGUAUGUUUUUAUCAACCAAGGGAAAGAGGUCAACUGAGAUAUGUGGAACAGAAAGCAGGAAUUACUUUUAAACGUGUAGGUGUUCCUUCUACAAUGGAUUUAGUUAAAUCUAAAAGCAUGGAUGCCAUCAGGUCUCUGGCUUCUGUUUCUUAUGCUGCUGUUGAUUUUUUCCGACCAUCAGCUCAAAGACUGAUAGAAGAGAAGGGGGCAGUGGAUGCAUUGGCUGCAGCCUUAGCUCACAUUUCUGGUGCAUCAAGCUUUGAACCCCGAUCUUUGAUCACCUCUGAUAAGGGGUUUGUGACCAUGACUCUGGAAAGCCCAGAAGAAAUACAGGAUGUCAGCUGUGCUUGGAAGGAACUUAAUAGAAAGCUCAGUAGUAAUGCUGUGUCUCAAGUAACCAGAAUGUGCCUCCUGAAAGGAAAUAUGGGUGUUUGCUUUGAUGUUCCUACAAGUGAGUCAGAAAGAUUACAGGCAGAGUGGCAUGACUCAGACUGGAUACUCUCAGUGCCAGCCAAGUUACCUGAAAUUGAAGAAUAUUAUGAUGGAAACACAUCUUCUAAUCCCAGACAGAGGAGCGGCUGGUCUGGCGGCAGGUCAGGCCGUUCAGGCCGAUCUGGUGGUCGAUCUGGUGGCCGAUCAGGUAGACAGAGUCGACAGGGGAGUCGUUCAGGAAGUCGGCAAGACGGUAGAAGACGAAGUGGGAACAGAAAUCGAUCAAGAAGUGGGGGCCAUAAACGGAGUUUUGACUGAGUGUUUGAUAGUUAAUCUUCCAGUGUGAGCUUGCCUAUUUCUGUCUAAUCAUGUAUAUUAUUCACCAAAAAUUAGAUCAUCAUAGUUGAGGUAUUUGUCUGUAAUUUGCAAAGAAGUUGGUCGUAUUUUUUUAAAAAGUAUUUCACAAGAAUGGUUCUAAACAAAUCUACUUAUCUGGCUAUACCUUUGAAUUAAAAAGAAAGCCCUUUUAU